GCCCAGAAGUUGAGCCGGAGCCGAUCCAGAGUGAAGGUGCGUGCGACUACUACUUCCAGUGGAUGAGCGAUCAUUGCGCCAAGCUCCUGCUGGGCCUCAGCGCGAUGCUGGUCUUUGUGCUCACCAUCAUGGCCCUGAUCGCCGGGUUCGACACGCUCUCCUCCAAUGCGUUCUUUAUCUACUCCAAGUUCGCGUGGGAGCAAUGGUUUCCCAGCUUCUUCGUGAUCAUUGUGAUGCUCAUGCUGCUGAGCCUGGUGGCAUUGCUGGUGGUGGUCUUCGCAGGUCUCAUUAGUUGGAAGGAGACAAGGGCCUUGGUCCGGGCCUUCUACAUGACCUCGGCCUCCCUGGGGCUCAUCAUGCUGGGCCUGGCGCUGCCGGGGGCACCCAGCGUUGAGCGCGGAGAUUUCCUGUGGCGGGUGGACUCGUUCUGCUGGCCGGGAUUCCUUUUAGGGUUUCCUGUGGCGAGGUGA